AUACCCCUUCCAUUCUUAUUGGACGGUUACAGGGCAGAUAGUGAGGGUUCGUGUGCCAUAUUUUUAAUGCGACGUGGUCUGUCGGAUAACAAAUCUCUCUCACCUCCAUUUCCAAUUCUUCCACUCCAUAUACAAGCUCUUCAGAUUGAUUCCACAUUCCAGAUCCAAAUUCUCUCUUCCUGGCCUAAUCUUCCCCGUUAAAAUGAGGGAUUUUGGUUCCUGUAUAAACGAAUAUGCAGUCCACGUCUCCGAUUCCUAUUCCUGCGCCGCCCAUUACACCAACAGUUCUUGCGUCUCCACUUCUCCGAUUCCCUCAGUCCAGAAUGCCGUCGUUUGCGUCUACAGGGCCGUCCUCUCCACCGGAAGGAGCAUACCCAUCAGAGUCUCCUGGUGCAGAACCGCCGCGUCGGACGGCCUCACCAUAACCUUCGGCGACGACCCGUCACUCGCCGCCGCCUUCAAGCUCAGCGCCAACACGCGCCUCUUCCGCAAGAGAAAGGGGAGCAAAUCCGUAGAGUUCGACCGGUCCAGGGUUGAUGUCUUCUGGGAUCUGUCUGCCGCCCGGUAUUGCGCCGGGCCGGAGCCGGCGGACGGGUACUACGUUCUAGUCAUGAUCGAUUCCGAGCUCUGCCUUUCCCUCGGGGACAUGGCGGAGGCGGCGGCGGAGAGGAAGGUAAAAACCGGCGGCGCACACGCGGCAAAGUGCGCGUUGGUUUCGCGGCAGGAGCAUUUCUCCGGGAACGCCCUGUACGCGACGAAGGCCAAGUUCUGCGACGCCGGGACAACUCACGACGUGAUCAUAAGCUGUUACGGGGACGACGAAACGGCGGCGGUGAAGCACCACCCAAUCUUGUCUGUAACAGUGGAUAAGAAGAUGGUAAUUCGGGUCAAGAGAUUGCAAUGGAAUUUCAGGGGGAAUCACACAAUCUUCGUGGACGGUCUGUUGGUUGAUUUGAUGUGGGACGUCCAUGGCUGGUUUUACAAUUCCGGGCCGGGUUUUGCGGUGUUCAUGUUCAGAACCAGAAGCGGAAUAGACAGUAGACUGUGGCUGGAGGAGAAGUUGCAGAGGAAGAAGAAGGAUGAAGACAGAGUUGACUUCUCAUUCCUCAUCUAUGCCAGCAAAAGCACGUGAUCAAUUAAUUACGUAAUUAAUUUACAUAAAAACAAUUUUUUUUAUUUUUGUGGAUUUUUUUAUUUUAAUACUUGAUCCAUCGGUCCCAAAUCUGGUAGGAUCCGGAAGUAACUGUUUAUUUUUAAGAUUGUGGGAAGAAUAUUGAGGUAGCCCUGUAAGCAUGAUUAGAUAGAUCACACAUUUGUCUCACAUAACAAUGUGUAAAAGUGUGUUUUAACCAUUUCAAGCCUGUAUGGAUUAUUAUGCAUGUUUGGUUGAGCAAUUAAGUUUGCAC